ACUUACAUUCAAAUGUACAUACAUUAAUCUUAGAUUAAUGUGUUUCUUAUUUUACUAUUACUCUUUUCUAUUAUUACUUUCAGAGAAUUCAAGAAUUAUAAAAAAAAGAAUAAGUUAAAUCUCGAGAUUAAAAUAGCUCAUUUAUCAAGCAUUAAUCUCUACUCUCUGAAAUAACUUGUCUAUACAAAGAUAUAUCUAUUUCAGUCAAUCUUGUGAAAAUGCUACAAAUGGAAAAAUUCAAGGAUAUUUUGACAAGGUCUACAAUUCCAGCAAGGAGUAAGAGUAACAAUUGACCAAUUAAAAACCAGAAGUAAACAAAAUUGGCAAAUCUCAUUUCAUAUUUUUUAUUUCUUACUCCUACUCCAUUACUCCUGCUGACAUUGUAGACCUUGCAGUUAAAAAUGAUCGAAAUUUAAAAACUGCAAGGUUUAUUUUUUUUUAAUUAACAAAAAACUUGGUUAUAAUUAAAUACUCGAAUUUUAAUUUUGAAACCAACUACAAGGAACAAAACGACAAUUUAUUUUAUAAAUGAUUGGAAUGCUAUGGUAUAACGACUUUCGGACACCCCGUACAUUAUAUACAGUGUCGCGACUAUAAAUCGUAAUCGUGGCCACGGGCGGAACAGGCCGACACAUCGCUCGCGUAUAGACGCUUCAUCACCGCCCAAUCGUUUCAUUAAGUAAACAAUGCACGCGAAGGUCAUCGUUCUUGUAAACGGAAGUCGCGAGAAGAAAAGCAAACUAUCAGAAGACGAAGCUGCGAUUUCAGAUAUGACGUUGCCCGCCCACGCUUCUUUUUUAGGAGACAAAAGCGUGCAGCACCUUCGAUAGAAGGUUGUUUCGCGUAACGGAGCUCUCGCCAAGCACGUUCGUUAAACGUACUGACUCAUACUGACCGAUUGGGGUUCGCAUUGUCAACCAUUGUUAACCGGCAGACAACUGGUGUCAAAGCUACCUAGUAACAGAUAUCUAGGUGUAUCAGUACUAUCAAUGUGUGCGUGCCAUGUGCACGAUAUGUCAGCGUGUGCUCUCUCUCUCCCUCCCUCUCGGCUGCGCGGGCGGACGGAAAUUUAAAAAAUACGCACCUCAUUAACGAUGUCGAGAGAUUAACUUCGGCUCUUAUCAGUAUCACGCCGAUGUAACUGGCGAUUACUUCUCGUUGCGAACAAGGAAACUCACACGCAUUUACAACGGUCUUGGCUGAGUUUCAGAUUCUUCGGGUGUCAUUGAUGAUUGUUUAUUGAAGUGAAUUUUGGAAUACUAUCUUGUGAGGAUGGGUCAAUCCACAGAAGGCAAUAAUGGUAACAAUGACAAACAAACUGAAAGUAAUGCACAGUCAAAACAUAAUGAAAGAUCUUUAGGAGAAGACAAGCAACAACAAUCUCUGCUACCAAAGGCAAGUAGCAGUACAGCGAAACAAGUUAGGGAAUACAGCCCAAGGUCUGGGAUGAAAAAGUAUAAUCAUGCUUUAAGAAAUUUGAUACCAAUACGGUACCAGAACCAGAAGGAGGAACAUUUAUCUGCAGAUAAUGCUGGGUUAUUUUCUUAUGUAUAUAUAACAUGGAUGACACCGUACUUAUGGAAAGCGUACAAAAAAGGUCUUACAUUGAAGGAUUUACCAGACAUUUCGGUAUAUGAUACCUGCGAAUACAAUGCACUCAGACUUGACAUACUUUGGCAGCAGGAGUUAAGUCAAAAUGGUCCCAAUGCAGCAUCCUUUUCUGCAGUGGCAUGGAGAUUUGUACGCACACGAGUUUGUGUAUCAUGCUUUUUGCUGACGUGCUCUCUUAUUUUUGGAUUUAUAAGUCCUACUAUAUUAAUGAGGAAAAUAUUGGAGCAUGUGGAGUCUUCGGAAGAGAACUUUUGGGAUGGUAUCAAGUGGGUUUUUCUAUUGACGAUUUGCGAUUCCUUGCGAGCUUUCUUCUUCACUUGGACAUGGAAUAUGAAUUACAAGACUGGACUGCGAUUAAAGUCGGCUUGCACAGCUCUAUUGUAUAAGAAGAUUUUGAGACUAAAUAACCUCGGUUCUAAAAGUACAGGAGAAAUAAUUAAUUUAUUUUGCAACGACAGUCAAAGACUUUUUGAUGUGAUCAUUUAUGGUCCAAUGAUUAUCGGUGGGCCGAUAGUUAUAAGUUGCGGUAUAAUUUACAUAUUGUGGUUAUUUAGUCCCAUUGCUCUCGUAGGAAUGGUAGCUUUUCUUUCGUUUUAUCCGUGUCAAUACUUUAUUUCUCGCGCGACUGGCUACUUUCGCUCGAAAUCAGUAAAUAUUACGGACGCUCGAGUACGACUCAUGAGUGAGGUCCUAGAAUGCAUAAAGUUAAUUAAGAUGUAUUCCUGGGAGAAUUAUUUUAGCCAGAAACUUCUUGCCACACGUAAGAAGGAAGAACGAUGGCUCCAUAAGACAGCGUAUUUUCAAAGCCUUAGCAUCUCUCUAACACCCGCUAUACCUGUGAUAUCCGCGAUCAUCACGUUUUUAGCACAUGUUGCCUCGGGUAGUGGAUUAACAGUCGCACAGGCUUUCCCAAUGACCACAUUAUUUGGAAAUUUGCUUAGACUGGCACUCACGUCACUUAAGGAUACUACGCGAUAUUAUAUCAGCGCUCUCAUAGCUCUUAGAAGAUUCAAGGUGUUUCCCUUCGUAUCGGUGCUCAAUGCUCAAAUUCGUACUUCUUUCAUGUUUUUACAAGUGGCCUUAAUUAAUAUUGCCGCAGUAAAGAUAACUUUUGGCAGAAUAAAGAGUGUGUUGCUGCUGAACGAGGACAAUUGCCAGGCAUCGAAACCCAUUGUGAGAUCGCAAGCAGUUGCCAUUGCUAAUGGUACCUUUGUUUGCGAUAGCAUGAAGCUUCAAACCGAUGCAUCAAUCAAUACUAAAAAAAAAAAAAAAUCACCAUUGGACAAUCCACUGGAAUUGGAGAAUCUGAAUCAACCAAUGCAGGAAACUAAAUACGUCGAGGUUCUUAGCGAUGUGCAUUUCGGAGCACCUAAAGGAAAAUUAGUCGGUAUCUGCGGCCACGUAGGCAGUGGCAAAUCCAGUCUGCUGCUGGCAGCUCUGGGACAACUGAGAAUGACGAAAGGACACAUCCUAAGGGAGGGCACUUGCGCCUACGUUAGCCAGCAAGCAUGGAUUGUGAACGGUACUUUGAAAGAGAACAUCCUAUUUGGCGAGGAGUUUGAUGCCAAACGUUAUUAUCACACGAUUACAAUUUGUAACCUGAAGGAGGAUAUAAAUAUGCUACCGGGAGGAGAUGACACCGAAAUUGGCGAAAGAGGUGUCAAUCUGUCUGGAGGGCAGAAACAGAGAGUUGCGCUUGCGCGAGCGUAUUAUGCCAGUCGGGACAUUUAUUUCCUCGAUGAUCCUUUGAGCGCGGUUGAUGCAUACGUCGGCUCGUAUAUAUUUGAAAAAUUGAUCCUUGAAGCUCUUAGGAACAAAUCCGUUCUUUUCGUGACACAUAACAUUCAGUUUUUAAAACGUUGUGAUGAAAUUUACAUGAUGAACGCGGGCAAGAUCGUAGAGCACGGAACUCACGAAGAUCUUAUGCGACUCGAUAGGGAAUACGCCUCGAUGGUAAAGAAUAGUACAGUUGCAAUGGAAGAUAAUUUGUCAGUUGUUAAAUCUUUGGGAGCGAGAAGUACCAAUAAUUCAGAAGUGCAAAAGGCGGAAUCUGCGCACAAAGAAAAUUAUGGAAAAGAGAAAGGUACAUACAAAGGAGCAACUUUAACAGUAGUAGAGAAAGCUGAAACUGGAUCCGUCAAGUUGUAUACUUAUCACACAUAUAUACAAGCUUCUGGUGGUUACUUGAUCGCUUUUCUCGUAUUUUUUACGUUUUUCUUGAACGUAGGUAGUUCAGCUUUCAGUACUUGGUGGCUUGCCGUAUGGAUUAAAGCUGGCGGAGGCAAUGUGACUGUGCCAGAAAGUAACAGUACUAUAUAUUCGGAGAAUAUAAACGCUAAUCCUGACUUCUCGUUUUAUCGAGAUGUAUAUGGUGCUUGCAUCGCUGGUAUAUUAUUGACAAGUUUUAUUCGCGGGUUAGUCAUUAUGUUUGCCACAAUAAAAGCCUCGACUACAUUGCACAACACAUUUCUUGGCAAAAUCAUUAGUUCUCCGUUGAGUUUCUUUGAGACUACUCCAAGUGGUAGAAUACAGAACGUUUUCAGUCGAGAUAUAGACGAAAUUGAUAACUACUUACCCAUAUCGAUAGAACACAUAGUGCAAAAUAUUUUUACUUGUAGUUUUGCUAUUUUCUUUAUCUGCGGUAUAUUGCCCUGGUUUUCAUUACCAUUACUCUUGUUUGGUACAUUGUUCUUCUUUGUUGGUAAAUUGUUUAGAAUAGGAAUGAGGGAUUUGAAGAGAAUGGAAAAUGUGUCACGAUCACCCGUUUUGAGUUUUGUCACAACAACAAUCCAAGGUUUAAGCACAAUUCAUGCAUUUCAAAAGGAGAAGAAUUUCUUGUAUAGGUUCGAAGAAUUGUUCAACACGAAUAAUUUAUGCCAACAUCUGUGCCAAGCCGCGAUGAGAUGGUCUGCGGUGAGGCUAGACAGCCUGGCAAUCGCCUCAUCCUGCAUGACGGCGUUACUUGUGAUUUCGCUCAAGAAUGAAAUAUCGCCGGCUUUCGCCGGUCUGGCUAUGGCGUUUGCUACACAAAUGACUGGCGUCUUCCAGUACACAGUUAGACUGAUGUCCGAGACAGAGGUACGCUUUAUAAGCGUAGAGAGAAUCAGUUACUACCUCAAGACUUUGCAAAGGGAAGGUGCAAGUAGGAUGGUUGCUCUUAAACCAGCCGAUGAUUGGCCUUCCCAUGGCAAAAUCGAGUUUAAAGCUGUUCAAAUGAGAUACAGAGAAGAGUUGCCACUUAUACUUAUCGAUAUUUCGUUCAGCAUAAAGGCCGGAGAGAAAAUUGGCAUCGUCGGUCGCACAGGAUCUGGUAAAAGUUCCUUGGUUGUCGCUCUAUUCCGAUUAGUCGAAAUUUGUGGAGGUAUUAUUAAAAUCGACGGUAUAGAUAUUUCGAAGUUAGAGUUGGAUAUAUUGAGAAGUAGAUUGUCGAUCAUUCCUCAGGAUCCAAUUUUAUUCAGCGGUACUAUAAGAUCUAACUUGGAUCCUUUCCAACGACACACUGAUCACGAUAUUUGGAGUGCCCUUGAAAAGACUCAGAUGAAAGAAAAGGUGUCCCUUAUGCUAAGAAAUCUCGAUGCUUCCGUUGGAUUUGGCGGAAAUAAUUUGAGUGUUGGCGAGAGACAGCUUCUUUGUCUCUCACGAGCCUUAUUACAUAGUACAAAGGUGCUGAUUCUGGAUGAAGCCACGGCUUCCGUUGAUCCGGAAACUGAAGCGACGGUGCAGAACACGUUGCAAAAUGAGUUUGCGGAUUGCACUGUACUUACGAUCGCUCACCGAUUGCAAACGGUUCUCACAUGUAAUCGUAUUCUUGUCAUGCGAGAAGGCAAGAUAGUUGAAUUUGAUGCACCCACUACUCUUCUCUCUCAUCCAGAUUCUGAAUUUUCGAAAUUGAUGGCUGCCGCGGACGAAAACGACAUAAAAUAAUCUCCGUACAGAUCUGAAUCGCGACUGCAGUGCAUUUUUAGUCACAUUUAACAGUAACUGGUGAAAUUAAUUCUCUACUAAAAAUUACGUGAGUAAAUAAAAAGAACAAAAGAAUAAUAUUAAAAAAAAUGCAAUAGAGAUAAGUAAAGAAGUAAACUGAAUAAAUACUACUUUUCUAUUAAUGAAUUACUAAAUUAUUAAUUAAAGAUUAAAACUACAUUAUAUUAUAAGCUCGUAUAAAUAAAAGAGAAAAA